AUUUGAACUUCUUAAAGGAAGUGCCAUUGUCCUCGCCUUCUUCCUCUUUACCCCAUCACCCGUCCAAGUGUUCAAUUCUUAUCUAUAUCCAGCCAGUUACAUGCCAUACGUCAAACUACCUGGAGAUCAAAACUCGGAAUGGGAAGUUUAGAUAAAAUGCCAGGGGCCGGACCACUACCUCUAUAUAAACAGCCCCAUCCCUCUCCUUUAAUUAAGUUGCCUUCUUUACACUGUCGAUUCUUUAAAGUUUUUUUUGGUCUAGCUUUUCCACUUACCUGAGGUCAGGUAGCCAUGGUUUCGUCCGAAGCCAUCAGGACUGCAGUUGGGAUCCUAGGAAAUGCAAUUGCAUUAGGGUUGUUCUUGUCCCCAACGCCAACUUUCGUAAGAAUAUGGAAGAAGGGAUCGGUGGAGGAAUUCUCACCAUUCCCAUACCUAGCCACCCUCCUGAACUGCAUGAUGUGGGUGGUGUAUGGGCUGCCUAUGGUGCACCCACACAGCAUCCUGGUCAUAACCAUUAAUGGGUCAGGAGUCAUCAUAGAGCUCUCCUUUGUGAUCCUCUUCCUCCUCUACUCCCAAAGGGGCAAGAGACUCAUGGUUCUCGCAAUGCUGCUCGGUGAGAUCGCCUUCGUCGGCGUCGUCGCCCUGCUUGUUCUCACGCUCACCCACACAUAUGAGCGCCGCUCCUUGAUCGUCGGUGUCAUCUGCGUCUUCUUGUGUGCCAUGAUGUAUGCUUCUCCUUUGUCCGUCAUGAAAAUGGUGAUACAGACAAGGAGCGUGGAAUUCAUGCCUCCAUUUCUCUCACUAGCCUCUUUCUUUAACGGCACUUGCUGGACCGCCUAUGCCCUCAUCCGUUUCGACCCAUACAUCGUUAUACCAAACUCGCUUGGAGCAAUUUUUGCGGUAGCACAACUGAUAUUGUACGCCACAUACUACAAGUCCACCAAGGAACAGAUGGAGGCGAGGAAGAAGGCAGCGGAGAUGGGGUUGGCCGAGGUGGUGGUGGCGAAGGGAGAAGCAAACAAGAUCAGCAGUACACCUAAUGGCUACAAGAGUGAAAUCCGUGAGAUGUGAUCAGGGCUCCACAUCUCUAUAACGUAUGUGCACGCAUAUGUACAUAUACCCAUAUACAUGCAUCCAUCUAUCGAUGCAUACAAAUGUAUGUGUAUAUGUAUGUAUGCGUGCAUGUAUGUGUACGUAUAUAUGUGUGUAUGCAGCUAUCUCCUAUCCCGAAGGGAUUAGGGAUUUUUUUCCUCAUCCUUUCAAUGUUAAUUGCAUGUUAAAUUUGGUAUCCGUGUCUGAAAAGUCUUGCAAGAUGUCAUGUUCUCUUCUUUUCAUCAAGAAAAUCUUAUGUUCAUUCCG